UCAAAGAAAUGCCCGAGUUUGAACUGGCCGACUACAGCAUACUGGAGAAAAUUGGAGAGGGUUCCUUCUCGGAGGUGUUUCGCGUGAAGCACAAACGAACCGGCUUUUACUAUGCGGCCAAGAAGCUUACCAAACUGUACUUUGAUCCGGCGGAAGCGCUCCAGGAUUCGGAGAUCCGGGUGAUGAAGCUGCUGGACUACCAUCCAAACGUGCUCAGUUUCGUGGACAUUUUGCACGACCAAGCGACCGGAAGUUUGUCGCUCAUUAUGGAGCUAAUGGACAUGAGCAUGUACGACUACAUAAAGAACCGGAAGCGGUGCCUGUCGGAGAAGCGCGUCAAGCGUUAUCUGUACCAAAUGGUUUGCGGGCUACAUCAUCUGCAUCGUAACGGAAUCUUCCACAGGGACAUAAAGCCGGAAAACGUGCUCAUCAAAAUUCCUCGCAAGCUCAAGGAGAACGAGUUGGUCCAGUUGGCAGAUUUCGGGUCAAUUUGCAGCACCAGCCAACAGCCGCCGUAUUCGGCGUACAUUUCAACGCGCUGGUAUCGCUCGCCGGAAUGCUUGCUGACCUCGGGUUAUUACGGACCCAAGAUGGACAUUUGGGCUGUCGGAUGCUGUUUUUACGAAAUGCUUACACUGAAUCCUCUCUUCCCGGGGGAAAACGAACUGGACCAGCUGUACCUUAUUCACGAGAUUGUCGGAUCACCGUCGGCUUCGAUGUUGGCCAAGUUUCGGCAUUUGAACCAACUGAACUACGACUUUCCCAAGCGCAAACCAACCAACUUUCGAAGCAUGAUUCCGCUGCUAAGCCAUUACGGGGUCGAUGUGCUCAACCGAACGCUUUCCUAUGCCCCGGACGCGAGGAUCAGCGCAGCAAGGCUUCUGCAGCACUUGUACUUUGAAGAUGUUAGCAAGAGUUCGAAAGCGUCUCGGUUAUCUUCGUCGUCGAUGCCCAGCUUGGACGAGGCGGAUUUGCGGAGCAAGAAUGAAAGUCGGAGAACCAGCAAAAAUUUCCCCCAAAGUGCCGGCUCGUGGGACCGCCGCAGCAACGGCAGCAGCAGCGUCACAACCGUUUCCGGCGCAGGCGCAGGUGGCAAGCAAAAGCUGUCGCUGGAGAUGCUGAAGCACAAGAACCUGGAGCGCGUCUGGGGCAUGGCGGACAGCCCGGGCAAGGCGCGACUCGUCCAGCAGAUUCACACCACCUCGUCCCGGUUGUGCUCGUAGCCGGAAGGGAGGGCGAUUUCUUUCGUGGAAAGUAUUUUUGAGUAUUUGUUUUUUCUUGUAGGAAAAUAUUUUUUA